UGGCCGGAAAAGGACAAUGGUUUCCAUGUCAGCGGAUAAACGCUCUCCCCUCGGCUCCCGGACGCGACGGAGGUCGUAGUAGUAGUGAGUGCGUGCUGAGGAGCAAAGGAGUAACCAAGAGAGCCAGUGACUGACAGAGCAAGAGCCAUGCCGCGCCGGGGCCUGGUGGCUGGGCCAGAUUUGGAGUAUUUUCAGCGUCGCUAUUUCACGCCGGCGGAGGUGGCCCAACAUAACAGGCCCGAAGACCUCUGGGUAUCUUACCUGGGACGCGUGUACGACCUAACGUCAUUGGCACAGGAAUACAAGGGGAACCUGCUGCUGAAACCUAUCGUGGAAGUUGCAGGCCAGGACAUCAGCCACUGGUUUGAUCCAAAGACCAAAGACAUCCGCAAGCACAUAGAUCCGCUGACCGGCUGCCUGAGGUACUGCACCCCGCGGGGUCGCUUUGUGCACGUUCCGCCUCAGCUGCCCUGUUCGGACUGGGCCAACGAUUUUGGGAAGCCCUGGUGGCAGGGGUCGUAUUAUGAGGUGGGGCGGCUGUCUGCCAAGACCCGGAGCAUCCGCAUCAUUAACACACUCACGUCGCAGGAGCACACACUGGAGGUGAGAACUGGUGACAAGGAGCAGGUUAGAGGGAAUGGGGAAUCCCAGCAAAUCUCCAGGCCGAUCUUCAGGGCAACAUUUUUUUCCAUAACCAGUGGGAGUGUAUUUUCUGCCCUUUACAUUGAGGCAACUGAGGAAAGCACAGCACCUAGGUCCCCAGGGUUGGUAAUUCUAGGAGUGUCUGGGUCACACGGGGACAAGAGACUCCUUUAUAAGCCCGGGAACAGCAGUUUAUGCAUCUUAGUGAUGGUGGUCCUUCAAAACUCUUACACGCCGUUUUGGACAGCAAUUGAACUUUCUUUUUAAUCUACUCUAUUGCACGGAUAUAGUGAGGGGACAGUUGACCCUUUAUGGCCAUCUGGUAGUUAGAAGUGGCUGCCAUUAAGAGCUGUAGGUCUUUUGGGCCUGUUCAUGCAUGCUGGAGUUUCAGCUUUUUUUCUGGGGCCGUAGAUUACCUGAAGCUGCUAUCUGCCAAGGGAGGCACUUUGAUCCUAAUGUGUAUAUGUGUAUACUCCAUCCAGAAUUCUGGGGGUGGGGUGCUUCUGUGUUCUCCAGGUGGGGGUUCUGGAGUCCAUAUGGGAAAUCCUACACCGCUAUCUCCCCUAUAAUGCACAUGCUGCCAGCUACACGUGGAAAUAUGAAGGGAAGAACCUGAACAUGGAUUUUACCCUGGAAGAGAAUGGGAUCCGGGAUGAGGAGGAAGAAUUUGACUAUCUCAAUAUGGACGGAACACUUCACACACCUGCAAUACUUCUGUACUUCAAUGAUGAUCUCACAGAGUUGUAGGAAAGGAGACGUACACUCAUGUACACUCAAGACAUAUUUCAAGUUUGGCUUUUUCUGUGCCUUGAGGAAAAGUGGUGGGGCGGAGGGGUGCCUGGGCCUAGAUCUCCAUUCCUCUCUAGGAGCUAGCCUGUGCCCUUCUGAAGUGUAAAGGUCCUAUUCCCUGCCUUCAUUACAAUUUGCUCUGAGAAAAUCAGUGAAUUAAUCUUUAGGAAUGAUACAAGAAGAUCAAGUAUCUUGGUUUAGGGAGAUGUAGAAGAGGAUAGUCAGAGUUCAGGCAGAACUGUUUGAUCGUUAAGAGAGAGUAGUUCUACAGGGGUGAGGGAUGGAAGGACUUUUUUGGCAAUGAUGGAAAUGAGAUGUCUGCAGGAAGAUGGGAUUUACAAAGACAGGAAUAGGAAAUGUUUAUCAUUGACCACACAAAGCUGGCUUAUCUUACUUGUAGAAUAGUAUUUGGCAGCUGAAACCCAAGGGAAAGAAAGGAAGUGAGUCAUUAUAGGCAAUUCAGGCUAGAUAUUAUGCUGGGUACUUCAUAUACCCUCACCCCCCACCCCCCACAAAGAGAAGGGGUCUUGCUCUGUCACCCAGUCUGGAGUGCAGUGGCAAAAUCAUGGCUCACUGCAGCCUGGAGCUCUUGGGCACAAGUGAUCCUCCCACCUCUGCCUUGAGUAGUUGGGACUUUGGGUGCACGCCACAAUGCCUAAUUUUUUAAUUUUCUAUAGACACAGAGUCUCACUGUGUUGCCUAGGCUGGUUUCAAACUCCUGGGCUCAAGUGAUCCUCUUGCCUCAGCCUCCCAAAUAGCCUCUUCAAGACAACUACCCUAUAAGGUGGAUUACUAUUUUACAGAUAAGUCUUUUGAAACUUUGAAAAGUUUAAUAGCUCAAAGGCACACUAGGUAGUACCACUAGAGCCAGAAUGCAAAUUCAAGUCUACCCAACUCCAAAGUCCAUGUUCUCUCAAUAUAAAGGGGCCAUCUCCAUGUCUAAUCUCAUGUUAACAUUUGUAACCACUGUUCUCAGAGCAGGUAUUUGGGAUGUGGCUUUUUCCUAGGCUCCUUGCACAAUAGGAAACUGUGGUCCUAUUGUACAGUUAGCAGUUAUUGUCUCUGGGAGUUUGCAGAGUUCUCCUGUGGCGAAGAGGAGGCAAGGAAGGCUAAGUGUCAGCUAAGCAAUAGCUAUUGGGGCUACUUCCUUGUUAAUCCCAUACCCCAAAUUUCUUUCCUGACCUUUUUGGGGCAAAGAGGUGGGUAUUUACUAACUUGAGGGAAAACUAGAGUGGGGAAAAGGCCAGCAAAUUAGUGACACUUUGGUGAGGGAGAAAAAGGAGGCAGUUUGCCACUUGGAGAAGAUGAGGAAGACAGGGUUGCAAGAUGGUGACUCCAAAAGAGAGAACUUGACAGGGGUAAUGUAAAGAGAGAUGUUAAGUCAGUCAGAAAACUCUCCUGGUGACCAAAAGAGAACCACUAUUGGGGGCAGCGGCUAGAUUUGGUCUCCUUUAACUUAAGGAGGGGAGAUUUGAGAAUGACAGGCAGGUGAACUUCCUGGCAGCAGCAAGCGAAACACAAAUCAGGAGGAGUUCAGUGUGCCUUCUGGCAGGGGCAUCAGGGCCCAGCGCAGGAGAAGGUGACCCCUGUGAGAUACCGUUGGGCUGUAUAGGUGUUCUGAGGGGCUAUGGGAGGCAUGAACAGGAAACAUUACUGUUGGCUUCAGCAGUUAUCUGAAUUUACUGUGAGGUGGAGGAUUUAAAUCUAAUCCCAUGGAAUGCAGGAGUCCGUGAAUUAUCUAAAUCAGUCAUUUUGAUCUUUAAUCAACUCUGCAAUUACGUGUACCUUGUUUGCUCAAUUAAACCCUGAACUAUUUGAGAAUGAAGGCUAUGCUGUUCCUCUAGUGCAAGUCUCAGGGCCUGUCCUGUGCCUACGGGAGGUCUUCAUUCUGCCAAAAUCUGUCCCUCUUCCAGAGACUCCUACUUCAAUGCCUCUUGCCAGAAACACAUCCCUUUCCUCACACAUCCAGUCACUCAUCAAGUGUAAUCUGUCUCCUAAAUAUCUCUGGAACCUAUCUUCUUUUCUCCAAGUUACCAUCACCUCUUGUCUAAACUGCUAUGGAAACUUCCUAACCUGUUCUCCCAUUUCCACUUCUGCCUUCCAUGCUGCAGUAAGAGUCAGCUAUGAAAAACAAACCUAAACAUCGAACUUUCCUUAGCUUCUUCAGUGGCUUCCACCUGCUUUUGGGAUAACGUCCUAAAUUCAAAGACCUUGUAUAAAUCAGGCUCAUCUCGCAACACUCCUCUUUGUUCUCUACGGCCCAGACACUGGCUUUCAGUUCAUUACGUGUCUUGCAAGCCGCGGAGCCCUCACACACUGUCCUCUCUGCCUGCAACACGCUUCCUUUCACUUUCUGCCUAGCUGAUCCUAAAUGUUCCUUCCUCAGUUCUUUUAUUUCUUGGUGGGUCAAGACUUCUGAUAAAUCGGUUAGCACCAUGCAUUUUCCAGAGUUUUUGUUACAAUUGUAAAAUUAUGGCUGUAAUAGGCUGGCUGUACUGCUAGAUUGUAAGCUCAUGAGGGCAGAGAUCUUGUUCACAUCUCGCUCACUGCUAUAUUCUCAUUGCUGAGCACACAGUUGCUGCUCAAUAAAUUUUGAAUGAACUCAAAUGUUAAGUGAACUCAUCUGUCUAUAACUAGUGGGGGGAUGUUGUGUCCUAGUAGGCAAGGAAGGACGGAGGAAUAGGAUGUCUGGUUCCUGUGCUACAUACAGUCUCUAUCCACAGGAUUCCCUUUCCCUGCUUCCCCUAGACCCCAAAACCAAAAGUUAUUCCAUAGAGUAUCUCUGGCCAGGUGCAGUGGCUCAUGCCUGUAAUCCCAGAACUUUGGGAGGCCGAGGUGUGAGGAUCACUUGAGGU